GGAUUAUGUCGAUGCCGAUAAUUUCUUAUUCUUUAUUUCUAUUGCCUGUUCCUAUUGCCUGUUACCUGGCAUUGUGCAAGGAUCUUUAUCCCCCCUAUUACCUGUUCGCCGGUCACUUCCCGCCAAAACAUAUCAUAUGUAUUAUGGAAUUCUUUUAAAUCUCAUCGCGCAUGCGCGUCUCCUAUAUUGCAACGCUGCGGACGGUUGCGGCCAAGACGCGCCAACGCUGCCACGUAGAGGAAGUUAGUGAGGAAUACCGCAGUAACCAAUCAACGCCCCGCAUGCCGCAUGUUUCAUAAACACCUUUUUCGGGUAAGCAAGAUGCCGAAUGGCUGCUGUAGUAUUCCCUAGCUAAUUCUGUCCUGCGCAUGCGUGCUGCGUCCUGAAUGCGCCCGUUGAUUCGUGCGACAGUUUUAUAGCGAUCGCUCCCCGCCCUUUUUCGGCAGCCAUUCUGUGACAUACCGUUUCCCGCCAGAAAUGUUGCUAUAUCAGAUGACGCCGUUGGCGGUAACGUAUUUCAAGUUCAUUUCAGUCGUGUCCGGAAUCAGCGGCGUGAGGACGAUUGAUGGAAAAGGCGAAGCAAUUAUAAUGAUCUCCAAGCUCACUGAAGUGGAGGAUUUAAAGCGCGAGAUUAAAAAAGAACUGAAUAUUGAGACUGACUUACAGAGAUUAUUUUUCCGCGGUAAACAAUUAGAAAAUGGCUACAAGCUAUAUGACUAUAAUGUUAAUCUGAAUGAUGUAAUACAAUUGAUGGUGAGACUAGAAUGUAGAAACGAUGUAGAAAACAAGGCUACCUCUAGUAACAAUUAUAGUGUAAACAAUAGCGAUUUAAAUAAAAGUAUAGAGGAUAAAGAAGUGGAAGAUAUUGAACUGAUAGAAGCGGAAAGUUUAUAUUAUAAAAUUGGAGAUGCGGUGGAUUGUCUUGACCAAAUACAUGGUGCCUGGUUUGAAGCUAUUAUAAAAAAGAUUUUCAAACAAGGCACAAAAUUAAUAUAUAAUGUACAAUGGGAAUUUGAAAGUCAUGGCAUUCCUUUUAAUGUACCUGAAAUAUCUAUACGGCCACGUGCCAGAUAUCUUAUACCAUUUGAUGAUUUAUUUGUUGGCCAAAAAGUAAUGAUUAAUUAUAACGUGGACGAGCCCAAAGAAACUGGGUUAUGGUAUGACUUAACAAUAUCCAAAUUGGAAAAAAAGAGGAAGCUAGAAGAAUUAACUGGAGUAUUACAUAUAGGCAGUGAUAAUGAAUUAGCGGAUCGGAAGGUUAAUCCCAGAGGAGAAAUAUACGCAAUAGAAUCACCUAAGUUAUUAACAGAGCGAUCGACUGAAGAUGAGAAAUUCAUGGUUAGCAGUGGAAAACGCAGGCGUAUUGCAGCCACAUGUACUUCGUGUAUGGAUAAUCCUCGUAGAAAAUGUCGAGAAUGUGGUUGUAAGGUUUGUGCAAGUAAAGAGGAGGAACAUAACCUCCUGCUUUGUGAUGAAUGCGAUUCUGCUUAUCAUCUUGGAUGCCUAGUCCCACCACUCACGAAAAUCCCAGAAGAAGAUUAUUGGUACUGUCCCGAGUGUAAAAAUGAUGAGAAUGAAAUUGUUAAGGCAGGAGAUAAAUUGAAGACGUCAAAGAAAAAACUGGUUGCCCAAGAUAAGGAAGACAAGCCCCAGAGGGAUUGGGGUAAAGGAAUGGCCUGUGUUGGAAGAACAAAAGAAUGUAGCCUUGUGCGUCCAAAUCAUCGUGGUCCAAUUCCAGGUGUUGAAGUUGGCACAUGUUGGAUGUUUAGAGUACAGGUCUCUGAAAGUGGAGUGCACAGACCUCACAUAGCUGGCAUACAUGGACGAGAAACAGACUGUGCAUAUUCUCUUGUUUUGUCGGGUGGUUAUGAAGAUGAUAUCGAUAAUGGUGAUGAUUUUAUCUACACUGGCUCUGGUGGCAGAGACUUGUCUGGUAACAAACGAACUGCUGGUCAAAGUUGUGACCAAACGUUAACCAGAAUGAAUAAGGCGCUUGCUAUAAACUGUAAUGCCAAAUUGAACGCAACAGAAGGCGCCACGGCACAAAACUGGAAAAAGGGGAUACCCGUUCGAGUGGUGCGCAAUUUUAAACUAGCGAAAUAUAGUAAAUAUGCGCCACGGGAAGGCAACAGAUACGACGGUAUAUAUAAAGUAGUAAGAUAUUACCCGGAUACAGGCAAGAGCGGUUUUCGCGUAUGGAAGUACGUAUUAAGAAGAGACGAUUCCGCUCCUGCACCUUGGACCGAAGAGGGUAAAAAUAGGAUCGCUUCUCUCGGUUUAAAACUUUUGUAUCCUGAUGGAUAUCUAGAGGCUAUGAAAAAAACCUCAAGUAAUAAGAAACGGCCGGCUCUAGAUGAUCUAGAAGAUAUCGCGACUUCAAAGCAAGAUAAAAGUCGCCUUAAGAAGCUUAAACAGGAGAGUUACAAGAUUGAAAACAAGUUGAUUAAUUUCAUAAAGGAAGAUUUAGCAAACACUAAAUUAUGGGAUGAAUGUUGCGCAGUUACAUCGGACGGCAAAUCCAUAUUCCUGAAUUAUGUUAUGGACAGAUUCACAUGCACUUGUUGCUUGGAAUUGGUUUGCAAUCCUGUAACGACUCCAUGUGCUCACAAUAUAUGUUUAAGCUGCUUAAAACGCAGUUUUUCUUCCGGCACACACUCUUGUCCUUCAUGCAGACACAAGUUGGACAAAAAUUAUAAAAUGGAAAUUAAUCAACCGUUAUCAAAUGCUCUUUUACUACUUUAUCCUGGUUACAAUAGUGGAAGAUAACAUCAACUCUUUCACACGGUAACUCAAAAAUCAAUAAAAUACAAAAAAUACAAAAAACGCAAAAAAUGCAAAACCCCCCGAAUUAAAUUAUAUAUUUAAAUUAUAAAGGAAAACUUUAUACGUCAAAUUACUAAAUUAUUUACUUUUGCUCAGGAAAUUUUAAUCAUUUAGAAAUACCGAUAUAAUUUGUCCAAUCACACACACACACACUAAAGUUAAACAAUUGAGCUUUUUUAAUAUACAUUCCUUUAUUGUCGUUCUUGCCGGCAUGAAUUAGACAAAAAGUAUAAAACGCAAGUUAAAUUGUUAUAUUAUUAUUGUUAUAAAUAUAAAAUAUGACAAAUAUUGUUGAUAUUGUAAAAUCAGAUCAUAGAAUUAUUUGAAUUCCAUUUAUUCAGAUCAAGAAGGAAUUAUUCAGAUCAAGAGUUACAUUAUUUUUUUUUACAUUGUAAAAAUUUCUGUGGACACAAGUAGAUGUAUAUCUACUUUGACAAAAUAACUAACGGAAUCAAUUUCAAUUUAAUAAGAUUGUUCAUGCUUUUUCAAUGAACACCUUUUAAACGAAUAAAAGAAUAUAAUUGCAGUAUGUA